UCGAACAAUCAUGCGGGUCUUCACACACAUUUUCGUCUUAGGUCUCAUCGCCUACACCGUUGCCAAGGAGAUCGGUAUUGAGAAAACAACUACCGAACUCGAUAAGAAUGAAGAGGAACAAUUGGAAAAGGCCGCUGAAAUUUUGGGAGCCGCCAAGGAACUCGAUAAACUCCAAGAGACAACCGAUACCGCUGUGACUGAAGUAACUAGAAGGAAGAAGUCUUACGGCACCACCGUCUGCGUUGAAAUCAAGCCAACUGGAGCUCAACCCUACCAGGUAUGUGAGCAAUCUGCUCCAGCUCCAGCACCGGCAUACGCAGCACCAGCCCCAGCACCAGCUUACGCCGCUCCAGCCCCUGCUCCAGCGCCAGCCUACGCACCAGCAGCCGCUCCAGCCCCUGCGCCAGCCUACUAUGCCGCCCCAGCUGCCAAACCAGCCUACCCCGUCAAGACAUAUUCUGCUCCAGCGACCCCAGUCUACUCUGUCGCCAAAGCCCCAGCAUCUUACCCAGCGGCAGCCAAACCCUAUCCAGCAGCCCACUCAUCUUCUUACUACCGCAGCAGUGAGACUGAUGAAGAAGAGGAACAUGUACCCGUGGUUAGACAUAUCACCGAUGAAGAUGACUUAGAUAUGACUACCGCUCACAUGAGGCACUCCAAGAAGGAUAAGUCACACACCGGCGUCGUAAUUACAUGCCAACCAAACUUGGCCGGUUACGCACAAGGACCUGCCGCUUAUGGUGGUUACGGAGGUGGAUACGGCGGAAGUGGCUACGGAGGCGGAUAUCAUGGUGGGUACCGUUCAUCCAGUUACGGUAAAUAUGUUGCAGCCCCUAGCUAUGGAUACAAAGCCCCAGCUUACGGUGGCUACCCAGCACCAGCCUACAAACCACAAGCUUAUAGCCCACCAGCUUACAGCCCACCUGCAUACAGCGCUCCAGCGUACAGUGCGCCAGCAUACAGCCCACCAAAGCCCAUGUACAACCCACCAGCUUAUCAAGCGCCUGCCCCUGCCUAUAAGCCAUACAGCCCUCCAGCUUACAGUGCACCAGCAUACAAGGCUCCCGCUCCAGUCUACAAGGCUCCAGCUGCUCCAGUUUACAAAGCCCCAGCUUAUAAGGUUCCAUCUUACUCUGCACCGGCCCCAGCAUAUUCUGCCCCAGCCCCAGCCUACUCUGCACCAGCCCCAGCAUACUCUGCCCCAGCUCCAGCCUACUCAGCACCAGCCCCAGCCUACUCUGCACCAGCCCCUGCCUACUCUGCACCAGCCCCUGCCUACUCUGCACCAGCUCCAGCCUACUCUGCCCCUGCACCAGCUUAUAGCGCACCAGCUCCUGCUUACAAGGCCCCAGCCUACAGUGCCCCUGCACCAGCCUACUCUGCCCCAGCACCAGCUUACUCCGCACCAGCACCCGCAUACAGCGCUCCAGCUCCAGCCUACUCUGCACCAGCUCCAGCCCCAGCGUAUUCCGCUCCAGCCCCAGCUUACUCUGCCCCAGCACCAGCCUACUCUGCCCCAGCACCAGCCUACUCUGCCCCAGCUCCAGCUUAUAAGGCACCAGCAGCCCCAGCCUACUCUGCACCAGCCCCAGCCUAUUCUGCACCAGCCCCAGCCUACUCUGCACCAGCCCCAGCCUAUUCUGCACCAGCCCCAGCAUACUCUGCACCAGCUCCAGCAUACUCUGCACCAGCCCCAGCAUACUCUGCUCCAGCCCCAGCUCCUGCUUAUAAAGCUCCAGCCGCACCAGCUUACUCUGCACCAGCCCCAGCAUACUCUGCUCCAGCCCCAGCUUACUCCGCCCCAGCCCCAGCGUACAAGGCUCCAGCUGCCCCAACAUACAGCGCACCAGCCCCAGCUUACAGUGCACCAGCCCCAGCUCCAGCAUACAGCGCACCAGCCCCAGCUUACAGCGCACCAGCCCCAGCUCCUGCAUAUAGCGCACCUGCCCCAGCCCCAGCAUAUAGCGCACCUGCCCCAGCCUACAGUGCACCAGCUCCAGCCCCAGCCUACAGCGCACCCGCUGCAGCCUACAGUGCACCAGCCCCAGCAUAUAGCGCACCUGCCCCAGCCUACAGUGCACCAGCCCCGGCCCCAGCCUACAGCGCACCAGCCCCAGCCCCAGCUUACAGUGCACCAGCCCCAGCCCCAGCCUAUAGCGCACCAGCCCCAGCUCCAGCCUACAGCGCACCAGCCCCAGCUCCAGCCUACAGCGCACCAGCCCCUGCCUACAGCGCACCUGCCCCAGCCCCAGCUUACAGCGCACCGGCCCCAGCCCCAGCUUACAGCGCACCAGCCCCAGCCCCAGCUUACAGCGCACCAGCACCAGCCCCAGCUCCAGCUUACAGUGCUCCUGCUCCAGCUUAUGCUGCCCCUGCUCCUGCUAAAUAUUCACCCCCUCAAACCUACAGGGCUUCUGAAAACGAGGGACACCAUACUGACAAGAAUGUCGACAAGGAAGCUCACACCUUGAACAAGAUGCAAACUGUUGCCCACGAAAGGGCUUCAACCAGCAAAUGGAGCGACCACAUGAAAGCCGAGGAACACAAGGACGACAAAACCAGCGACAAACACAUCGUUGGCACUACACAAACCGAGAUGGAAUCUGGCGGAUGGAAAGGCGAUGGCACCAUGAGAGAAGCUGAAACCGGAGGAUGGGAAGCCGAACCUACCAUGAGAGAAGCCGAAGCCGGUGGAUGGAAAGGAGAAGAAACCAUGAGGGAAGCCGAAGCCGGUGGAUGGAAAGGAGAAGAAACCAUGAGGGAAGCUGAAGCCGGAGGCUGGAAGGGAGAGAACGAGAUGAGAGAAGCCGAAGCCGGUGGAUGGAAAAACGAGAAGGAAAUGAGGGAAGCCGAGACCGAAACUGAAAACGACAACGAUAUCGAUGCUUAAGUCAUCAUUAGUCUGUCUUAAUUAAUGUUAGGUUUUAUACUUUUUUAUAUGCUUGUAAUUAGUACUAUUUAAUAAAAAUAAUUAAUGAAUA